AUGUUCACUCCGCAAGCUGCUCGCAGGCCGCCUGGCAGUAUGCAGCCUGGUGCUCCUGUUCAAAGUCAAAGCGACAUUCAUGCGAAGGAAAAACUCGCUGCCUAUGUGUACGAAUACUUGGUCAUCUCUGGAGCUACGAAAACUGCCGAAGUGUUCAAAGAAGAAGUUUUGAAUAACGUUCCCAACGGAGCCAUCAAGCCCAGUGAGAUUGGUCCAGGAUUCUUGCAAAACUGGUGGAUGCUGUUUUGGGAUCUUUAUUGUGCAGCUCCUGAACGGAGAGAUGGACCCGAUGGUCAAUCAACGCAGGAAGCUAAAGCCUUUCAUGACUUCGGAUUCGUUCCUGGUGGUUUUGGGCCGCCCGGACCAAUGAUGAACGGAAUGCACGGUCCUGGG